AUGGAAAAAGGCGUGGAUAUUUCAUUUUCAAAGGCCGUAGACCUUUCUGCAGUAAAAAGUUUAGAAAAAACACUUCAAAAGGAAUUCAAUCAAGAAUAUAUGAUAUACAAUCAACUAUUGAGCACCAGUCAAGAGGUAAUGAAAAAUAUGGGGAUUGAGGAUAUGGAUAUCGGAACUGACCUUAAUAGACUAAAGAAAGCAGUAGACCGCCGAAGAUCCGUUCGCUGGAGGUCUGAAGUCGGCCAAAGACGUUUUCGUUCACAGGCUUUACGGAGACAAAAGUUGAACAGCCAGAGUCUGAGGAGUCACCUUCAACAUUCAAAACAGGCUUCAUCAAGAGUUGACGGUUAA